AUGCCUUUUCUUAGUACCAUCGAAGCCAAUGUUACUGGGGCGUUUUCCGAGCUUUCGGGCAUGUCACCGUCCGCUAUAGCCCAAUUGGUGCUAAAGACGCUGACUAUAGCACUAUACAUGUUUGUCUACGGGUUCUGGUCCACGUUUGCCUUUGUCUUCGACUGCACGCUAAGAUCGGACUCUGUGGACCAAGCGAUCACCGUUGGGCUCCGUAUGAUUACGAUUGUGCCUGUGAUUGGGUCGCCGUUGGGUCGGCGGCUCUCGCUGCUGGUGAAACUUCUCAAGACGGAGUUACUUCCGUUUUUGGAUGAGAUGGUGCGGCUCACGGAAUACGCAUUCCACGUCAAGAUGAUCAACGAUACGAUAUGCGGAGAUAACGUGAAGAUUAUUGUGACCGGCGAUCCGUUCAGCCUCGACUAUGUCGAGGCGGCGCCGCUCACGAGCGUGAUCAUCUCUAACCACAGAUCUGUGAUCGAUUACGCGGUGAUCAGCAAGCUCGUGCUCGAGACGCAGGAACGGAUACCAAACCACAACAAGUUCCUUAUGAGCACCGCCAAGAAGCGGCGCUUUGUGCAUCCGCCGCCGUUCAGGUUUCUCACCUGGGCCAAGAUCACCAACUUCCCCACGCUCAGCCUAUUCUUCAACAUAUGGUCCAAAGACGAGAAUAGCAUUGUCUCUGCUACCACGAUACACUCGCACCUAAUGAAGCACCGGAACACGACAUUUGUGUUAUUUCCUGAGGUGAACAGCAUCACUCCGGAGUUGGUCAUGAUCCAGCAGAAAUUGUUGAAGUCCAAAUAUGAGGAUACCCCGUCGUUAAAGCAGGUGCUCUAUCCGCGGUACAAGCAGUUCAACUCCCUCGUGAAGGACUUGGCCUGCUGGAAGAAGGUCAAAAAGAGAAACAGCAUCAUGGAGAAGGUGGUCGACAGGCUCGAUAAGUGGAUACACGACGACGACUUGCUCGAUCAGGACCUCAUCGAGCUUGAGAGUUUUCUCACUGCGGAAGAAGACGCCGCGGCUACACAACGGUCAUCGAACGUGGAGCAGAUUCGCAUCAACGAAUUUAUGUACAAUCUCACCAUCGUGUACUACCAGCCAGUGCUCAAGUGCAACGACCCGGACCACAUCCACGAACAUAACCAUGCUGUCGGGAUAAAGGACCCACAUUACCAGCUAGAGCACAUCACGCCGUCGUUGUGGGACAUGUACCGCGCACAGGAGGCCGACCAGCCCAUCGUGAUCAGGGUCCACAUAGACCGCCACAGAAUGGACCCUCUUCUCCAGAUGAAGUCGCGGCACGUGGAGAAGUGGUUGGAAAACUACUGGUGCGAAAAGGAUAAGCAGAUAGCAGUGAUGGACACUGCUGUGAAACUAAAAUAA